UGUGAUAUCUGUGGUAAAUCAUUCCCUUGUAAUAAGUUAAUUAUACACAAACGUACACAUACAGGAGAGAAGCCAUUUCAUUGCAAUAUCUGUGGUAAAUCAUUCCCCCGAAAAGGCAACUUGGUCCGUCACAAACGUACACAUACAGGAGAGAAACCAUAUCAUUGUAAUAUCUGUGGUAAAUCAUUCUCCGAAAGUAGCGGCUUAACUGCCCACAAACGUACACAUACAGGUGAGAAGCCAUAUCAUUGCAAAAUCUGUGGUAAAUCAUUCUCUCAAAGGGGUACCUUGACUCAGCACAAACGUACGCAUACAGGAGAGAAGCCAUACCGUUGUAAUAUUUGUGGUAAAUCAUUCCCCCGAAAAGGCAGCUUGAUCUGUCACAAACGUACACAUACAGGAGAGAAGCCAUAUCAUUGCAAAAUCUGUGGUAAAUCAUUCUCUGAAAGGGGUACCUUGACUCAGCACAAAUGUACACAUACAGGAGAGACGCCAUAUCAUUGUGAUAUUUGUGAUAAAUCAUUUCCCCGAAAAAGCAGCUUGGUCCUUCACAAACGUAUUCAUACAGGAAAGGACCUAUAUCAUUGCAAUUUCUGUGGUAAAUCAUUCUUUUCGUAUACUCAGUUGACUAUUCACAAAAGUACACAUACAGGAGAGAAGUCGUAUCAUUGUGACAUAUGUGGUAAAUCAUUCUCUCGAAGUGAUCACUUGACUGUACACAAGCGUACACAUACAGGAGAGAAGUCGUAUCAUUGUAAUAUUUGUGGUAAAUCAUUCUCUCGAAGUAGUGGCUUCACUGUCCACAAACGUAUGCACACAGGUGAGAAGCCAUAUCCUUGUGAUAUCUGUGGUAAAUCAUUUUCCCAAAGUUACAUGUUGGUCUGUCACAAACGUAUUCAUACAGGAGAGAAGCCAUAUCAUUGCAAUAUCUGUGGUAAAUCAUUCACUAGAAGUCGUGACUUGCCUGAACACAAACGUACACAUACAGGAGAGAAGCCAUAUCAUUGCAAUAUCUGUGGUAAAUCAUUCUCCCAUAGUGGGGACUUGCCUAAACACAAACGUACACAUACAGGAGAGAAGCCAUUUCAUUGCAAUAUCUGUGGUAAAUCAUUCUCCUAUAGUGGGGACUUGACUAAACACAAACGUACACAUACAGGAGAGAAGCCAUAUCAUUGUGAUAUUUGUGGUAAAUCAUUCUCUAGAAGUCGUGAUUUGCCUAAACACAAAUGUACACAUACAGGAGAGAAGCCAUAUCAUUGCAAUGUUUGUGGUAAAUCAUUCUCCCGAAUUGAUAAACUGACUAGUCACAAUCGUAUUCACACAGGAGGGAGGUAAAUCAUUCUCUUGCAAUAGUAUCUUGACUUGUCAUAAAAGUAUACAUGUUGGAGAGAAGCCAUAUUGUAUUAUUUAUAGCAAAAUUGUUCUCCAAAAGUGGGUCACAUACACAUACUGGAGGGAAGCCAUAACAUUACUACACCUGUUGUAAUUCAUUUUUUGAAAAUAGUGUUUUCACUAUACACGAAUAUCUUCAUAGCAGAGAGGAACUAUGUCUUAGUGGUACCUGUGGUAAAUCAUUCUCUCAUAGAUCUAACUUAACUGUACGCGAACACAUUUCUACAGAUGACAAGUCAUGUCUUUAUGACAUCUUUGGUAAACCAUUCUCUCAAAAAACACAGAAAACAAACACAUCUAUCCAUAUUGUGUAUUCACAAACAUGUAACUGUAUCAAUGUCAAAAAGUAUUACAUAAAAACAAUUCAGACUGUUUUCUCUGCAAAAAGACGGUUCGUCCACUUGUCAAUUUGGACAACACCUACUUCAGCCACAAGUGUAACUGUAUCAAAGUCAAAUUUUAUUUCAUGACAGCAAAUUACAUUAUUUUGUCUUUUAAAAAAUCAGUUCCAUUUCCCUUGUUAAUUUUGACAUCACCAACUUUAAUCCCAUGAACGUAAACUUCAAAUUUGUCAUCAUCUGUAAAAAUAUUGAUUUGAUGACUGACGAUGUCUGGUUGGAUUUUAAGGAAUUUGUUAAUAAAGAGUGAUGAAUAAAGAGUUAGUCUGUAAUCAUU